UAUGGCAUGGCCCAUUUCAGAAACAAAGGCCAGAGCAAAGGAAAAGAUUACUGCAUCUUCUUCAACUCCCAGUGGGCUCGUCUACCUCUGGACCUCAACAAAGCAUCCCAUCUCCAGAUCUAUGACCUGACACCGUCAGCCCUGUGUUCCUCGUCGGACGUCCCCGUGGGGGGCUUCCCCAAUCGUAUCCCCAUGGUAAUGAGGGGGAACUGCACUUUCUAUGAGAAGGUCCGCCUGGCCCAGCUUAACGGAGCUAAAGGCCUGCUCAUCAUCAGCAAAGACAGGCUGACCCCACCAGCAGGAAACAAGACUCAGUAUGAGGAGAUUGACAUCCCUGUGGCGCUGCUCAGCUACACGGACAUGCUGGACAUCAGUAAGACGUUUGGACAGAGCCGAGAGGUGGCCAUGUACGCCCCCAGCGAGCCCUUCCUGGACUACAACAUGGUCAUCAUCUUCCUCAUGGCUGUGGGGACGGUGGCCAUCGGAGGAUACUGGGCCGGCAGCAAGGACAUCAAGAAGCGCUACAUGAAGCACAAGCGUGACGACAGCGCGGAGAAGGAGGAUGAGAGACGGGUGGACGUGACGCCCAUCAUGAUCUCUAUGUUUGUGGUCAUGUGCUGCUCGAUGCUGGUGCUGCUCUACUUCUUCUACGACCACCUGGUGUAUAUCAUCAUUGGGAUAUUCUGCCUGGCCUCUUCUGUUGGCCUCUACAGCUGUCUCUGGCCCUUUGUGAGGAGACUCCCCUUUGGCAAGUGCAGGAUCCCAGAGAACAACCUUCCCUACUGCCACAAGAGGCCUCAGGUCCGCAUGCUGCUGUUGUCAGCCUUCUGCAUCGGAGUCAGUGUUACCUGGGGCGUGUUCCGCAACGAAGACCAGUGGGCGUGGGUGUUACAGGACGCCCUGGGCAUAUCCUUCUGUCUCUACAUGCUCAAGACUAUCAGACUGCCCACAUUUAAGGCCUGCACCAUGCUGUUGGUGACCCUAUUUGUCUACGAUGUUUUCUUUGUAUUUAUUACACCUCUCUUUACCAAGAGUGGUGAGAGUAUAAUGGUGGAGGUUGCGGCUGGUCCCUCUGACUCCUCUACACAUGAAAAGCUUCCUAUGGUGCUUAAAGUGCCCCGCCUCAACUCCUCCCCCCUGGCUUUGUGUGACAGGCCCUUCUCUCUGCUGGGAUUUGGAGACAUCUUAGUACCAGGUCUGCUGGUAGCCUACUGUCACAGGUUUGACAUCCUCAUGCAGUCCUCACGGUUCUAUUUCCUGGCCUGCACUAUCAGUUAUGGUAUCGGGCUGCUCAUCACCUUUGUAGCUCUGGCCCUGAUGCAGAUGGGUCAGCCGGCCCUGUUGUACCUGGUGCCUUGCACCCUCCUCUCCAGCCUCGCGGUGGCGCUGUGGCACAAAGAACUGCCCUUAUUCUGGACAGGGAGUGGAUUUGUGGUGAUUACCAGUUUGAUAUGAGUGCCGCCGCCUUCUACGGAAAGAAACAUUUCUAGUGUUAUGUACCUAACAGUAAACCUAGAAUUUAAAGUUGAGUACCGUAACCCCGAAAACUAGAUAUAUCAAUUUCUUCGUUCCAACUUGCUGUUUCUGUUUGCUGUCCCACUGCGCUGCCCUCCCAUACUGUCAUUUACUGUGGGUUCUCUGCUAUAGUCGGCUGCUGAGGGCUACAGUGUCUGAAUGUCGCAGCCGGUAUCAGAUAUGGGCUUGCCUUUAUUCUUUACUAGUAUCAUUAUAGUCCUCUGCUGCUAGAUACCAGUCAGAUUGUCUUACAGUAGAUUGUAAUGUCGUGGUGUUAGAAUAGACACUAUGGGUUAUAGGGUUUUGGGUCAUUAAACACCAUUUGGUAGGUAGUUGACAACACAAAUAGUAUCUGGUGGUGACAAUGGAAUGUACUGUACUGUGUGUCGCUGACCCCUUUUCUCUGAACUGAAAAUUGUGAACAUGCUUCUAGAAGCUACUGGGUUUGUGUCACAAGGUGCUCUGAAGGCUCUUGCUUUCCUGUUAAUGUUUCCUCCCCUUCUAUGUGUCAGAUCUAUUGCUCAAUGUACAGCCAUACCUCUGCUAACAAGCUGCCCCAGUAUCUGCGUUAAAAGAUGUCGACGAUGAGUUUGACGUGUCUCCUCUCUAACACCCAGGUGGCUCCAAUUCAAACUCGGAUUAGACAGCUCCGCUAGCGUUAUAAUGUCAAAAUACGAUCGUUAGUCACCUAAUAUGGAGUUUAGCUGAGCAACUAGCUUCAUUUACUCCCGUUACGGACAGUAUGUACUUCCAAAAAAGGUCAAAAUAAAAAUGUACAAGAAACCGAAAAAAGCACCUUCAAUGUAUUGAGCUGUUGUAGACUUCCGACCUGUGCAUGGCAGUAAUGAGUGAUUUUCGGUUGCUUGUACAUUUUUAUUUAGAUAAUUUUUGGAAGUACAUACUGGCCAGUAAAUUAAGAUAGUUGCUCAACGAAACUCCAUAUUUGGUGAGUAACGAACCUAUAACGCUUGCAGAGCUGUCUAAUGGGAGUUUGAAUCGGAUGUUCCUGGGCAUUAGAGACACGUCAUACUUAUCGUCGACAUCUCUAACGCACAUAUACUGGAGCACUAACAAGCUAGCUA